CAGAAGUCCCAGUUUACUAUAUGAAAUGUAUAAUUUCUUUUUUAACAAUUAGAGAAAAUGUGGUCGUCCUGAAAAUGGAUGUUUUAAAUUUGCAAACUCCCAUCCCUUGCACGAAACACACGUUAUGCGAUUAAGAUCAAAACCAAAAGUCCCAGUCGUGAAAUAUGCACCAGGACCACCACCUUCCAAACCGACAAUUCUAACAGAUGCAUGGAAGAAAAAAGCUAGAGAGUUUGCUACUUUCUUUCUAGUCCUAUUCCGACCAUGGGGCUAUAAAACCAAUGGAAACGGGACUCUUCCUGGAGAUUUGUCAUGGAAUCAAUUGUGCUCCUUUAUCAGGAACCUUGAAGACGGGAUAAAUGGGAGAGGCGCUUCUUUUUUGGACACCGUAAGAAUGGCAUGGAUAAAAAACUUGGCUCACAACCUAAGAACGAGCGGAAAAGAUCGUGCUGCGGUUCAAAAAUUUGGAAGAAGAGCUGCAACGAUAUGGGGUGUCCCAGAUUCUUCAAUGCCAAUUUUACUUAACGGGUUAGAUAAUUUACCUCACAAAGACAGUGAAGAGACCGCUCAGGAAGAAUUGGCCCAAAUCGCUAUUGACCUUAUCCGAGCUGAAGCCGCUGCUGAUGAUCAACUGAAUCAUCCCAACUAUAAAUAUCAUCAAUAUCUUCAAGGAACAACUGCUGCACUAUCAAAAAUCAUGGGAAGUAUUGAUAACAUGCCAGCAUCACUGACAGCGCCUAGGCCUUUAGGCUAUGACAACGCAAGAGCAUUACUUCAUCUAGAUGCAGAUAAUGAACCUUCAAUAGAAGAAAUAUUAUUAAAGCUGAAGAAAGAUGACGAAAGAGAAGAAGUUCAAAGGAAUGAUGAAAUGGAUGUUGUUCCUGGUGAAAGAGGACCACAUAUAGUCGAUGAACCGGCCGUCGACACGAACCUACUAAAUUCUUGCCAAUCCGCAAUACUAAAGCAAUGCGAAUCGUAUUUCCAGAAAAAGCAAGAUUCGGAACUAAGGGGAUCCUUAUGCCCAGCCCCACUACAAUUGCUCGUACAUGGUGGCCCUGGAACAGGAAAAUCUUUUCUGACCAGAUGCAUUUACAAAAAAGCAAAAGAACUAGGUUAUAUCGUUAGAUGUGCAGCACCAACCGGAAUAGCCGCAGGAAAUUUGCCUGGUGGAAGGACGAUCCACAAUCUUUUUGGAUUUUCAAUCAAGGAUUUGAAGUCUUCAACGGAACUGCCUGAUUUAUCUAUUCAGGCUGUAAAUGAUUUAAAAUACCGUCUAAAACCCGAAGAAUUGAUUAUGAUAAUCAUAGAUGAGGUUUCUUACAUAUCACCUGAAUUUCUGGGCCAUAUCGAUAAACGUCUGAAGCAACUGACCGGAAAAAAAAGAUAUUCCAUAUGGAGGUAUCGCAGUUCUGUUAAUGGGGGACUUUUAUCAAUUGCCACCGGUUGCAGCUACUUACACCCUCUAUAGUGCUGUUGUAAAAAUGUUUACGGAAUCCAAGGAAAUAGAACACAAUCCCGCUGGACCACGAUCCAGAGGAGCACAACUUUUCAGCAUGUGCAAUAAAUUUGACCUAACGCAGCAGAUGAGAGCAGCUGAAGAUGAGAGUCACACUAAUAUGCUCGACAAAAUGAGAAAUCCCAUUCAAGGAAGGAGUUACAUCGAUUCUGAAUGUGUAUCAAAGAUUAAAACGCUACAAACAUCAGACAUCGUAAAUGACCCACUCUGGUCAUGGGCACCAAUAAUUGUCACAAGCAACAAAGAACGUCUUGUGAUUAACGAUUUCCAGUCGAAAAGGUGGAGUAGUCAUUUUAAUACGCCGCGGUUUGUAUGGAAAAUUCCGCUGGUUGGUAACUUGGCUACUGUAAUACCAAAUGAGCUACACUCAAUUUUUUACGAUAAUUGCAAGGCUCUAAUUGGAUGUUUCGUCUGUGGUGCCCCAGGUAAUCAAAACUAAGAUUUUUUGAAAUUCUUCAUUAAGUCUUUUUUAUAUUGUAGGAUAUCUGACAAAAAACAUCAACCCUUCCCGAGGUCUAUCGAAUGGGACCCGAAUAAUUUACGAUUCCAUUACUUUAGAUGAGAAGGAGAACAUGCAUAGUGUGAUGGAGCAGCUCCUACUAAAAAGUGGCAGAGAUAUUGAGUUACAAUUCCCACCCAAGUAUAUUCAUGUCGAAAUUCCUGACGCUGAAGCAGUCAUGUUUGAGGAUAUCACGAUGACCCCAGGUAAGGUAGUAAUCCCUAUCGCUAUGAACAAUCCUGAAAAUCAUCAGGUACAAGUUCCAUUUCGUAAUGAAGCUGUAAGGGUUGAUGCAAAAUCGCAUGGAGUCGAGCUGGGGUUUUCUUGUACUGUGCACAAAAUGCAGGGGUUGACAUGCGAUCGUGUGAUAAUUGACGUCAACAAACGUCCAUUUCAACCACAAAUUUGUUAUCACGGACUUUAUGUUGCUUUUUCGCGUGUAAAACGAGGCGAACAUAUCCGUUUACUCCCUCUUCAACCCACGUCUUGCAACUUUAAUCACCUUUACCAAUUAAAACCACCCUCCACUCUAAUGACAUGGGCCCAAGGAUAUAAUAAAGAUGGUUUGUGGUCGUCCUUGAACGUGCCACCGCAAAGUAGAGUGUUGCAAAACAAGAAAAGAAAAAGAAAUGACGGCAAGAAAUAAAAAUGCUUUUAAAUCUCAAUUCUUAAUAUGAAAUGUCUUGAAUACUGUGUUUCUACCCAACGAAGUUGUCUAAUUUUCCCAUCUGAAGCUCUGAAUUUUCCCAAUAAAGUUGUCUAAUUUUCCCAUAAAAC